AUGAGUGAUUUACGUGCUUUGAUGAAGCGUGAGCGCAUGCUUCAGCAAAAAGUGGCUACGGUGGCAAAGUUCGUCGAAGCUUUCGACAGGGAUCGUGACGAGUGUCAAAUUGAAGUGCGAUUGAAAAAUCUAGAUGAAGUGUAUUCAGAUUUCUUUUUGCUGCGUGAGAAAAUCGAGCUACUGGUGGAGGAUGCGAAAAGUACGGACGAAGACGGAAGCGAUUCCAAAAAGGAUGAGAAAGAGAAGAAGGAUGCUAUUUCCCGCGAACAGGAAAAUCUACGUGUCGUAGAGGAGUUUGAAAACCGCUACUGCAUGGUGAAAGGAUCUUUGCUGAAACUGCUUCCGGCAAAGGUUUCGGUUCAGCGAGUUGAUGGGAAUUCUGGUGGGCAAUCCGCACAACACUCCAAGGUGAAAUUGCCAGAAAUCAGUUUGCCAACGUUCAGCGGCAAACUAGGAGAUUGGGUGAUGUUUCGGGAUACUUUCCGCAGUCUCAUCCAUCAGAACGGUGAGCUGAACCCGAUGGACAAGUUCACAUACUUGAGGACGUCACUCAAGGGAGAUGCUCUGAUGGAAAUCAACACCAUUGAACUCUCGGCCGUCAACUACGAGGUUGCGUGGCAGGUUCUCCAGGAGCGCUAUGAGAACAAAAAGCUGAUCGUCAAGGCGUACUUGGAUGCACUUUUUUCGAUGGAGCCGCUCAGAAGAGAGUCGUACGACGGACUGAAUCAGCUCGUCAGCGAAUUUGAAAAGAACCUGCAGAUGCUGGAAAAGAUUGGUGAACAGACAGCCCAGUGGAGCACUAUACUGGCAUACAUGCUUUGUGGUCGGUUGGACACAGCGACACUACGUUUAUGGGAGGCUCACCACAAUUCCAAGGACGUUCCGAAAGGAUUUUUCUAUCUGUGCACCAACACUGCCAACUCACAUAGCACAAGACCACCACAGCCACAACCAAGCACAAGUCAAGCCAGCACAAGCCACACGUACAUUGCAUUACCCAAGACACCUACACAAAACAUUCUUUUGUCAACGGCACUCAUUCGAGUUAAAGACCGUUUUGGAAACGUCAUGCUAGCUCGAGCAUUGUUGGAUUCCUGUUCCCAACAUUGUUUGAUGACUAAGGAGUUCUCGAACAAGCUCAAGUUCCGAGUCUCACCCACAUAUCUCUCAGUUCAUGGCAUUGGUUCUGGGCAGUGUGUGUCAACAAAGCUAGUUAGCGCAGGAGUGUCACCAAGCUUCAAUCCAUCGGAAUGGAAACUUCCUAGAACAGCUCUUUUGGCGGAUCCAAACUUCUACGAAGCCGGACCAGUAGAUGUGAUCAUCGGAGCGGAACAUUAUUUGGAUUUAUUGGCACAUGGACAGCUGAAAGUGAUGGAUGAUGGACCGACUUUGCAGAAUACUGUGUUUGGAUGGAUCGUGUCAGGCCGUGUUCCGGAUUCUUCAAUCACCAUACCUCGGUCCUUGGUCCAUGUGUGUUCUAGUGCGGAGCUUCAGGAUCAGCUAACCAAGUUCUGGGAAGUUGAAACUUGCCGUACAACCAGCACACACUCCGUUGAAGAAUCUACUUGCGAAGAGAUUUUCGCGACGACCACAGUACGCGACGAUUCCGGAAGAUUUGUUGUCACUCUUCCGAAGAAGGACUACCUCAUCGAGAAGCUUGGCGAAUCGAGGUCUACUGCAGUUCGACGAUUGUGUAGUUUGCAGCGAAGACUCUCAUUGAGUCCUGAACUUCGGACCCAGUAUUCCGAGUUCAUUCAAGAAUACCUGGACAUGGGACACAUGGUGGAGAUUCUCGAUGAAAGGUGUGAAGGUACUACGUACUACCUGCCUCAUCACGCAGUACUGAAGCCGGAGAGUACAACCACCAAGCUGCGAGUGGUAUUUGAUGCAUCCUGCAAAACAUCAACUGGAGUCUCGUUGAACGAUGCCCUUAUGGUCGGACCCGUCGUACAGGAUGAAUUGAUCAACAUCAAUCUCCGGUUCCGCCUCCAUCGUUACGCUGUCGUUGCGGACGUAGCGAAGAUGUAUCGCAUGGUAGCAGUCUCCGGCCCAGAUCAGAAGCUCCAGAGAAUCGUGUGGACAGGCAACACAGAUCAAGACAUUCGUACUUUCCAGUUGACUACCGUAACCUACGGAACCGCGUCUGCUCCGUAUCUAGCUACCAGGUGUUUGAAGCAGCUAGCAGAAGAGGGAAAAGAAACCCACCCAACGGCCGCCGCCGUUCUGAAACAAAACUUCUACGUCGAUGAUAUGUUGUCAGGCGUAGAUGACAUAGAAGAGGGUAAGCAGUUUGUCGAAGAAAUGGUAGACUUAAUGCAGUCCGGAGGUUUCACGCUAAGAAAGUGGAAUUCCAAUUGUGGCGAGAUUUUGCGUCAGGUUCCAGAGCAUCUACGAGACGAUCGGUCUAUUCUCACCCUUGAUUCAGCAGACUCGACUGUUAAAACACUAGGUUUGCAGUGGGAACCACGAAGGGAUGUUUAUCGCUUCAGUACUCCAAAGUGGACAGAAUCUGGUGCGAUUACCAAGCGCAUUAUAUUAUCGGACAUCUCUCGACUGUUUGAUCCGUUGGGCAUAAUCGGUCCAGUCAUCGUUCAGGCUAAGCUGAUCGUCCAGGAACUUUGGGAGCGUGAAUGCAGCUGGGAUGCACCAUUAAGUGAAGACAUGACAGAGAAAUGGCUAGAGUAUCGCAGAAAUAUGAUAGGAUUGGACGGUUUCACGGUUCCACGCUGGGUCGGAGUCACAAAAUCAAUGAAAUCUGUUCAGCUACACGGCUUCUGCGAUGCCUCGAAAAAGGCGUACGGUGCAUGUAUUUACGUUAGAACCGUGACGGAGGAUGACGAAGUUGACGUACGAUUGUUCACAGCUAAGUCUCGAGUUGCUCCUCUCGAGAAUCUCAAAAAGAAGAAGAAAUGUCUCUCCACUCCUCGUCUUGAGCUUUCUUCAGCACUAUUGCUCGCGCAUCUCUACGAGAAGGUUGUCGAAAGCAUCCACCUGACCGCAGAAUCACAUUUUGGACUGAUUCUACGAUAG